AUGAGUCUUUGGCAAAAAACUUACAGCUCUCAGUUAGUUAACUCGCCUGACAAAAAUUCUAAUAUACAUCACGAUUUAGAAAUAUUAAAUAAUACUUCUCUUAAUCUUGUCCGACCAGAAACACCAGUUAAUUCUCAAACCGCUGACAAAAUUACUCCUAGAGAGAAAAUAAGAAAUUUAUUACUUUGUAUCAAUUCGAAUGAUUAUUCACCCUCAUUACAUGCUAAACGAUCAUUAGAGGAUAGUUCGAUAAAUGUACAUAACGAAGUCAAAAAACCACUGUCUGAUCCGCCUAAAUGUAGUUCAGAAGAAACUAAAGCCAAAAGAACUAGUAAAGUCAAAUUUGCUAUAGACUUAGAUCAUAUAUCGGAUAAAAAAGAAGGAAAAACUGAUGGCAUAAUAAAUGAUGGUAAUAAUAAUGAAAAUGUUGAGUCACCAAAGUUGCUUUCAAAAAAUUCGAAAGCUUAUCGACGCCAAUCUGCUCCUGCUCAUGGAAUGCCGUUUGUUUACUUUUCGAAAUCGGCAACCACAUCCAUACAUUACUUUGGGCAUUCUGAACAGGACGAACAUAAAGUGCAUGAUUCAGAUAAUCAGAGCUCUAAAAUACCAACAGUUGUCACUAAACGUCUUGAGUCGAUUAGUGAUAAAUCCAAUUUAACAUCUCCAUCAUUGUCACCAUGUUCAUCCAUAUCUUCCUCCUGUUCUUCAACUGUGUCAAGUCCUGCGCAGCCAGCGCAAACACAACAAUACCAAUACGAUAGAAAAACAUUACAGACUUUUAAUCCACCAUUUCAACCUGGAACAUUUAUACCCCAGCCAGUACCUACACAUAUUACCACGAGAUCAAGAUCAAGAAGUAUUUCUACUGGAAAACCUAUUCAAGUUAGUGGUUCGUUGCCUGUUAUAGUUUCUGCAGCAUCCUACCAAAAUCUUCCUUGGUCACCUGCAGUAAACUUUUUAGCUAAUUUGGCACAGUCUACAGUAUCUCAACCAAUGCCUUAUGAUGAAGGACAACUAAUUAAGGAUUUUAUUAUUGGUAAAGUGAUUGGUCGUGGUGGAUUCUCUACGGUAAAAGAAGCUAUUAGGAUGGAUAGUGAUGGUGAUAUGGAAAAAUUAGCCGUCAAAAUUGUACGCAAAAAUCAAGAAUCAGAUUGUAAUGAUCGUAUUCAGGCACUUUUAGACAGAGAAAUCAGUAUAUGGCGUGAGCUCAUUCAUCCUAAUAUUGUACCGAUGAUUAUGUAUGAAGAGGACGAGUACGCUACUUAUGUAUUUUCUGAAUAUUGCUCAGGAGGCACUCUUUUGAAUUAUAUAAAGAAAAAUUGUAGAGGUGAAAACAAAGGAUUAGAAGAAGAUGAAAUACGUAUUAUCUUUCUGGAAAUUGCAGAAGGUUUACGAUACUUACAUAAUGACAUGAAAUUAGUACAUAAAGAUAUAAAAUUGGAUAAUAUAUUAUUGGAUAGGGAAGGUACAUGGAAAAUUUGUGACUUUGGUUUGACAGAAUUUCAAAAUGAAGAAAAUGGUUUUGGAGAACUUUCUGAUGAGGAAGCUGGUGGAUCUAUUGCUUAUUGUGCACCAGAACAAGCACGUAGCAAAACUUCUAUAAAGAAUCCGGCAGUCGAUAUAUGGAGCUUAGGUGUUGUGCUUUAUGCACUUGUGACGAAUAAAUUACCUUUUAUGGAUGAUUUCAUACCUCGUUUACAAUAUAAAAUUAUAAAUGGACGUUACGACGAGAUGGCACUUUACGAAUCCGGUUGUAGUGAUGAUUUAAGAGAUUUGUUGAAAAAAAUGUUUAAGACGAACUUCACUCAACGAUUAACUAUAAAUGAAGUCUUGAAACAUCGAUGGUGUCAAUGA